UUUAUCGAUUUUAUUCUGAAAGGAAAUUCCACUUAAACGCUGAAAAAAGUCACAAAAAUAAAUUUUAAAAAGUUAUAACCAAUUGCAGAAGCUAUAUUUAAAUUUUGGACGCAGUUUGAAGUUUUAUUGGACCAGUCAACAAUGGCGUGAAGAAUUGCAUUGUUAAUUAAAAAGAUUAAAAUUUAUUGUGCAUAACAUGACCUUAUUUAAAUCAAAUUAAAAGAAUAUCAGGUAGCACUAGUGUAUAAAGCACUCUGUAGAACAAUGACUUUGUAAGGUACAAUAGCAAUGCAAUAUAUAGUAUGUUAAAGGAAGGAUAAAAGACCACGCCAGAGUAGCAAAUGCUACCGCAUUAAAGUUAUGAAGCACAUUCAUAGGGUUUAGGGCAUGUUUCAAUAAGAUCUUAAUAAUAAAGUGAAACAAUCAAAGUGUAAUAGUUUCAUAAUUAUUAUAUAAUAACUAACAGUCAUCUGUAAUGUUGAUUCAGAUAUAAAAUAAAUGGAGGUUACAAAAAAAUCUUUUACUGACACUGGAACCUGGAUUUAUAUUGAUCUUUAGCUAAAACAUCUUAGUUGAAUUAGUGCUUUCAAGUUCCUUUACAAUAAAGUUUAUUACUCCUUAACAGCAAUCUAUAUUUUACAAUAUACUGAUGAAGGAUACAACAGUAUAGUUAAAACGAGUUUAGUUUAAAUGUACACCUCAAGAGAUAUAAUGUCAACAAAUUUCUUCGACAUUGGGUUCACUCAGCCGGACGAGUUUCGUGACAGACCUGAUGGCUCGAGUUUUCAUGAAACAAGCCCUAAACGACUUGCGGAACCCGAUAGGGGCUCCAGUGAAAAUACAACACCUAAACAAAUUCGGGAAACCGACAAACCUGUCAAGAUUGCCAACACACAGAGAGAUCAAUUCAUAAUAGAAGCCGAGAGGGAUCAUCCAACUCCCGAUCCAGCAGUCAUAAUUGAACCACCCGAGAAAGAGAAAGAGAAAACGCGUUGUAUGGGAUUGAAGUAUGCAUUGUUUGUUGUCAUGAUAUGCGUAUUGCUGGCCGGUAUUAUAGCAGUUGUGGUAAUCUUCAGAAAUCAGGAUUCCCUCCCAGACAAGUUUGGCGGAAUAACACCUGAUCGGGAGCCUUUUGUUGAAUGCCCCGAUGUGUUCGUGCUUGUUGGCGAAAGGAUUAAGGUCACAUGCAACUUUACCCAAAACAAUAACAUGAUCAGCCAGUGGGACUUCCUGAAAGCAGCAGGAGACGGGGGAGCUGAGAUAGCGACACAAUCAACAUACCAGCCAGUUACCAAUAAGGCAAAGAGCAAGUUAUUAUGCUCCAGAGGUCAUGAUUAUAUUGUGACCUGUGACAUUGCCGAUGAAACCCGAGCAAGCUGCGCUAAUCAAGGGGAAGUUAAAAUAAGUUUCCUUGACCGUGGCAACUACAAUUUCUACACCGUAUCACUUUCUUUAAAUGUAGAUGACAAACCGAUCAACACCGUUCAACUAAACCCCAUCAUGUCUGGUAAUCAGACGUCCUUUAACCUUACGUGUGGUGUAGAAGAUGUUUGCAAGUUCUACAAGAUGAGAUUCAUGGCAAAUGGGAACCGCGUAGAUGGUUCAACCAUGAAAUGUUUGAGCUCCUACAGUGGACAAGGAGGCUACAGCAUCACUUGCUCAGACAUCGUGGGUGGCGAUAAGAUUAGAGAGGCAACCAACUCACUAACGUGUCAGACGUACGACGAAGCCAAACCAAGCCUUAACACAGAGGAAAUAGUUGUUCAAGAAGAGGAGUUCAAGUUCACACCGUGUUGUGGGUUGCUGGAAAACAAACAUGUCCUUUGCGAUGAUAUAAUUCACGGCAGCUGUGACGAACACAACAAUUGUACGGGUAUAUGUGAAUUCUUCACGAAUUGUGUAAACGAGAAGUAUAUAAACACGGACUGUGAUGAGAAGUGUGGUCUGCCAGGGCUUAAUACGUGGUGCCGAGGGAAAAACAACAAACUAGUGACUGAUCGUUCAAGACCUAACGAUUUGUGUGAAGCCAUAGUUAUUGAUGGCAAUAAUGGAUGUACAUAGAUCUGUCUUACUUUAUUUCUUUAACAAAUUAACAAAUUAUUUAUGCUAUAAUAUGAAGCAAUGAUAUUUGAUGUCAGUGGAUACAAAAUGCCUGUCUUGCUUUAUUUCUUGAAGCAGAUUAUGUAUACUUAACAAUGGUAUGCAUUGUUGUGUAUUGAUGUGAAGCUCAUUUUGUUUUAUUUCUAGAAUAAAACAUAUUAGAAGCAACAUAACAAAUACAUAUAUUAAUACUUGUCAAUGCCUGGUGACCUCAUAUGUUUAGGUAUCAUUCUAAAGGGUAUUAAACGCUAAUACUUGAUUGAAACAACAGUUUACGUGAUGUUACUGCAAUUUGUAUUUUUGUUCUGUUUUACUUCACCUUAAAUAGGACAUUGAAUUAUUAUGUUUAAGGCCAAACAAAGCUUGUUUGUGAUAUUUUAAGGACUAUCUUUUUCAUUUUUUUCUGCACUCAUAUAGCCAUUUCAUAUGGUGCCAAAGUGAUAAGGGAUCACCAGGAAUCAAAUAUUCACAUAAUUUUACAUUGGAUAUCUUUAGUGUGUAAAUUCCUCUUAAUACCGCUGGUACCGCUGGUACCCGUAUAUAUCUAUUUGUAACUGCAUUUUAUAUCGAAACGAGAUAUUGUAUGCAUGCGUUAUACUUCAUUGAAUGUCAUUUCCGUGUUUGUAAUGCUCAAACAAUGCACAUAACAAAGCUGUCAUAAUGUAAGUUCUUAAAGCUUGACCUCUUCCGUUUCAAGUUACAAUUUCCAGAUAAGUAGGUCUAAAUUAAACGGAAUCCUCACGAUUUGAAAACCAAAAAAUAUCUUUUUUUAGAUAGUCGACCUUGGUAUGCGAUUGACUUGUGUUCGAGGGUGGUUAAAGGUAUACACUAGAGAAAAUUCCUGGUUUAAAUCGAAAUAAAUUGUUUUCAAACAUGAAAGUUUAGAGAAAAGGCAAAUGUCCUGAUUCUAAAUUGUAGCUGGCAGUAAAUACGGCUUGUACCAUGCAAUAUAUAUAUGAAACAAUAUUUAUGCUGAUAAGGCAGUUAAGUAUUAUUAUUAUUUACCUUUACCAAAAUUAUUGAUUGAUCCAAAGGUUAUUUUGGCGAGUAGAUUUUUUCAAUCAAUGCUCCAAACUUCAUGAAUCAAACAUUGAAGUAAACAGGGGGACAAGCACAGUAGCUGAUCUUGUAACCCAAAUCCUGCUUAAAGUCAAUGCCAAUUUUAGCUUCAUUUCGCAUGCAGAACUGCUAACUCCUUGUCUUCCAUGGUAAACAACACCAACAACAAAGGUUUUAUUACAAAAGACAGAGCUACUAAAUGGACAAUUCGUUUCUUUGAGUAACAGUAAGAUUAUUGGCAGACGUAUGUAGUCUUCUUUACAGAUACAUAACGAAUGUUUAAAAUCAGAAAUAGCCCAAAGCACCAAAUUCCCCAUACAAAAACACAUAAUGACACAACCAUUAUAACAUCAAACGACAGCGUGUCAGUUGGCUUUCCUGAAAAAAAUGUUUUCAUGGUGUUUUGUCCAGUCAUACAUUGCCUUAGGGUAUCUUUACCGAGACG